AUGAGCUCUUCAAAGGUCGAUGUUGCAACGAACACCAAAUCAAAAACUUGUACUAUAGGUCAUAUCCCAAUUUUCUCUGACCUCCAUCCUUGUAUUCCAAGGCGCUAUGUGAUGCCAUGGAAACAGGAUAUGAAAAACAGGAGGCUCAUUUUAAAGCACCAAAAACUGAGUGGAAUACCACAUGAUGAAGGGGAAGAGAGCUUAUUCCUGGAGAGACGUGAACGGCUGUGUCAUGGAGAGGACAGACUCUGUCUCAGUGAUCAAAUGAACCAAUUGACUCCAGGCAAUAUGCUUCAUAUUCCUCUGUCUUCCCAUCUCUCCAGGUACUGCAGCACAAUUAUACGACGCUGGGGCAGAUCUCGCACCUAA